AUGGCCGAGUCCGCGCUGUCCCCCAAGUUCGCGCCGUUCUUUGGCAUGGCCGGCAUCGCGAGUGCCAUGAUUCUCGGAAGUAUGGGCGCCGCGUACGGUACGGCCAAGUCCGGCAUCGGCAUCGCUGGUGUCGGUACCUUCCGGCCGGACCUGAUCAUGAAGGUACGCAACCCUGUUCAGUUUCGCCUGACGUCUCCCGGCGUAUGCCGUCUAACAGUUCGCCAGUGUCUGAUCCCGGUCGUCAUGUCCGGUAUCAUUGCCGUCUACGCACUCGUCAUCUCUGUCCUGAUUGCCCAGGAUCUGGCGCCGCCCAGCAGCAACGCCCACUACAGUUUAUUCAACGGCUUCAUGCAUUUGGCGUGCGGCAUCUCGGUGGGCGCAACGGGCCUUGCGGCCGGCUACUGCAUUGGUGUUGUCGGCGACAAGGGCGUUCGCGCUUACAUGGAGCAGUCGCGCAUCUUUGUCGGCAUGGUGCUGAUUCUGAUUUUCGGCGAAGUGCUGGGGCUGUACGGUCUCAUUGUCGGCCUGAUCCUCAACACGAAGAGCAAGGACUAA